AUGUGGCUCCAAACAGGAAGUUUUGCACAUAACGCACCAAACAACCCAGCACUGUUGAGACCAUGGCCGCCUAAAGGCGUCUGCUUUGGUACUAUGGAACUUGAGUUUGGGGACCCUUCCUUUGUCAUGGAGGUCUCCAAUGCAUUGGGAUGGUUUUCCAGAAGAGGUGCCCGGCCUACCCCGUCCAAGUCUCCGCUCUCUCAGGGAGCAGUCUUCCAUCAUGCUGAAUUUUGUCUUCCAGGAGCUGCCCCUAUGGGGUGGGGCCAUUGGCCAGCCUUGUCUCUCAACAGUCGUCAUGUGUAUGCAAGGAAGCCAGGAAUACAGGUUUUCUUGAUGAUUUUGGUUUUAAUUGUUUUUAUUGCGCCUGACAAAAAACAGUUACCUGAUGGUUCCUCAAUUGUUAUUUUAAUAAAAUAA